AUGCCGAGGGGCUUCCUGGUGAAGCGAACUAAAAGGACAGGCGGCUCGUACCGAGUACGUUUAGCCCAGCGAAUGUUUCCGCUCAUGGGGCCCGAGGGGGCGCCGCCCUUUCCAGAGGAGGCCCCCAGCGCCUCUCUACCUGGUGAGGAUCGGGCGCCGUCCCCUGUCGAGGAGGAGCCAGGAAAGGGGCUGGCGGCAGAGGCAGCUCGGGAACUAUCAGGGUCACCCUGCCAGGCAGCUGGGGUGAGUUUAGGAUCGCGCGGACGCGAAGGCGCCGAGUGGAGAGCAGACGACAGCGAGGGUCCCGGGCCCAGCCCUAGCCCCACGAAGCCGGCGGGCGCAGAGAUGCGCCGAGCGUUCCUGGAGCGUUGUCUCAGCUCACCAGUCUCGGCAGAGUCCUUCCCCGGGGGCGCCGCCUCAGUGGCCGCUUUUUCCUGCUCAGUGGCGCCAGCAGCUGCCCCUACCUCAGGGGAGCAGUUCCUGCUGCCUUUCCGGGCACCAUUCCCAGAGCCCACUCUCCAUCAGGACCCCGCGCCCCUGUCAGCCACCCUGCAUGGCCUGAAGCGAGCAGCCAGCAGCGAGCGCCGUGCCAAGUUACCCUCAGGCUGCCCGUCGGGACUCGUGGCCGCUGGAGUCAAGAAGCCAAAAGCGAUGAGGAAGUUGAGCUUUGCGGACGAGGUAACCACGUCCCCGGUCCUGGGUCUGAAGAUAAAGGAGGAGGAGCCGGGAGUGCCAUCCCGGGGUCUGGGGAGCAGCCGAACGCCGCUGGGGGAGUUCAUCUGCCAGCUGUGCAAGGAGCAGUACGCAGACCCCUUCGCGCUAGCGCAGCACCGUUGCUCCCGCAUCGUGCGCGUGGAGUACCGCUGCCCGGAGUGCGAUAAGGUCUUCAGCUGCCCUGCGAACCUUGCCUCCCAUCGUCGCUGGCACAAGCCGCGUCCAGUAGCCGCAAACACCGCCACCGCCUCCUCUGCCGACGGGAAGCCUCCUCCUCCGUUGUCCUCGUCCUCUCCGGACUCGGGGACCAUAGCAUCUUUCCUGGCGGAGGGGAAGGAGAACGGUCGGGCGGAGCGGACAGCGGUUCAGCACCCACCGAGCAGGGACAGCUCCGGGACGGAUCAGCACCAGGACAGCGCUCUGCGCCCCAGCCUCCAGGUGCUGCCGCUCUCAGAGCCACCGCUGCCACAAGUCUCCUAUACCGAGGGGGUGUUGAGCCGCCGCGUGCCUGGACCAAGUAGUGCCAAUAGUGUUGGGGGAUCUGAGAUCUUCGUGUGUCCUUACUGCCACAAAAAGUUCCGUCGCCAAGCCUAUCUGCGCAAGCACCUGGGCACUCACGAGCCAGGCUCAGCCUGCGCGCUGGCCCCGGGCUUUGCUGAACGCGGCGCACCUCUCGCCUUCGCUUGCCCGCUGUGCGGGGCGCACUUCCCGUCUGCAGACAUCAGAGACAAGCACCGGCUGUGGCACGCGGUCCGUGAAGAGCUGCUUCUACCCGCUCUGGCGGGGGCGCCCCAUGAGGUGCCAAGCUCAGGCGGGGCAUCAGACGGGGGUGGCCAGCAAAUUUUCUCUUGCAAGCACUGCCCGUCCACCUUUUUCAGCUCCCCAGGGCUGACCCGGCACAUUAAUAAAUGCCAUCCCUCAGAAAGUAGGCAGGUAUUGCUGCUGCAGAUGCCACUACGGCCUGGCUGCUGA